AUGAACAGCUGGUUUUUCGAAGCCCUCAAGACCGUAUGUGCUCGACGGCGGGAUGCUGAUUGGUUCAGGGAAAAAGGGGCGGAGCCUGACUCCAAAAACGGCAAAUUCCAUGCCCCUAAGUUGGGGCUGGCUAGAGUCGGAAGAGCUGGCACAGAUAGCCGAGGGAAAGGACUUGAUUUCCCAGUGGAUCUGAGUCCGAAAGGGGCUUCAAAUUUCGGUUGGAUUCGUGUAAUGAACAAAACUUUUCCCCGGAGGGAAUCCGUUCGGGGUUAUUGUAGAUGGAAGGCGAAUGGCUCAACGUGACCGCUCCAUAAUUCCGAAGGAUGAAUAUCUCCCCACGGAAGGUGCCCUGGAUGUGAAGGCGGCUUCAUGCCCCAGGGGCGUGCUCCGCCCUCCGGCGGUCUGA